GAUGCCUGGGACCAGCCCUCUGUAAGGGGCUGUGCUCUUUCCCUGGGGCCUUAGGGCUCCACCAGAGGAUGUCUGUGCUGCCCCCAAUCCUCCGUCCAUCCAUCCCCAUCCGGCUCCACUGGGCCUGUGGCCUGGCCCCAGCCCUGCACCAUGAAGGAUGAGGAGAGGCUGCACAAUAAUGCUGUGGCCUGGCUGGCAUGUGCCGGGGUCUCGCUGCUGGCCAACGCGUGGGGCAUCCUGAGUGUCAGUGCCAAGCAGAAAAAAUGGAAGCCACUAGAGUUCCUCCUGUGCACUCUGGCUGGCACCCACAUGCUCAACAUCGCUGUCCCCAUCACCAUGUACUCAGUGGUCCAACUCCGGCGUCAGCAUUCAGACUACGAAUGGAAUGAAGGGCUGUGCAAAGUCUUUGUGUCCACCUUCUAUACCCUCACCCUGGUCACCUGCUUCUCGGUCACUUCUCUGUCCUACCAUCGCAUGUGGAUGGUCCGGUGGCCAGUCAACUACCGGCUGAGCAACACCAAGAAGCAGGCGGUCCACACGGUGAUGGGCAUAUGGAUGGUGUCCUUCAUCUUGUCCACCCUCCCUGCCGUGGGCUGGCACGACACCACCGAACGCUUCUAUGCCCACGACUGCCGCUUCAUCGUCACUGAGAUCGGGCUGGGCUUUGGGGUGUGUUUCCUGCUGCUCAUCGGGGGCAGUGUGGCCAUGGGGGUGGUCUGCACCGCCAUUACCCUUUUCCAGACUCUCUCCCUCCACGCUGGCCACAACCUGGACCGUAACAAGUUCAACGUACCGACCAUCGUGGUGGAGGACGCUCAAGGCAAGCGCCGCUCUUCCAUCGAUGGUUCGGAGCCCAUCAAGACCUCGCUGCAGAUCACAUGCCUGGUGGCCGGCAUCGUCUUCAUCUAUGACUGCCUCAUGGGCUUCCCUGUGCUGGUGGUAAGCUUCACCAGCCUCAAGUCGGACACUUCCUACACCUGGAUGGCCCUGUGCAUGCUCUGGUGCUCAGUGGUACAGUCCCUGCUGCUGCCCCUCUUCCUGUGGGCCUGUGACCGCUAUCGGGCUGACAUCAAGGCUGUCUGGGAAAAGUGCGUGGCCCUCAUGUCCAAUGACGAGACAGACGAGGAGACCAGCCUGGAUGGGGGCCUCCACACGGACCUGGUGUACGAGCGGCCCUUUGACUACAGCUACAGGGGCGACUUCCUCGCCCUGGACCACAUUGCCAAGUAUGACUUCUCUGCCUUGGAAAGGGGGAUCCCUCAGCUCUAUCCCCUGCAGCCCAUCCAGGAGGACAAGAUGCAGUACCUGCAGGUUCCUCCUACUAGGCGGUACUCCCAUGAUGAGACAGACAUGUGGCCCACAGUCCCCUUGCCUGCUUAUCUGCACCGCCCUUGGGGCUCAAGUGAAGACAUGACCACUCUGGCGCACCUGGUGUUGCCCUCCCCGUCCGAUCGUCGUCGGGGCAGCUUGUUGGCCUUCUCAGAAGUCACCCCCUACCGCAAGCGUCGGAGGUCGGCAGAGAGUCUCCUGUCCCUGCGCCAUUUCCCCCGAGAUGAGGUCUGUGGCCAGGACCUGGCUUGUUUUAGCCGCGAGGAGGUGGUAAGCUUCAUCGAUGAGUCCCCUCUGGCCAGCCCUCUCCGGAGCCCAGCUCGCUCCGCAUCGGCCUCUGUGCUUCCUGACACCUUUGGCUGCCCCUCUGCCCACUUCACCCUGACAGACUUUGGGAAAGAGCCACAGGCCUUGCGCCGGUUCUCCGGCCAAGGUCGUGGCUGCCUCUUGGCACUGCCAGGACCCUUCCAGGUUAGGGACCUCCAGUCCCCAGGCUUCUUCCCUGUGGACAACAGACAUCACCAGGGCUCCAUCCACAUUGAGCUUUGUGAGGCCCCUGCGUGUGAAGAACCCCCACCUCCCCCAGGGGCCCACCAGACUGGCUUGGAUGCAGACUCCAAAAGGUUUCGGACGAGCCUGAGUGCUUCCUGGGGGGACUCUGAGAGCUUGAGGCCAGUGGGGGGCAAAGGCAGCAACAGCAGCUUCCUGAGCUCUCCCUCUGAAUCCUCGGGGUAUAUCACCUUACAUUCUGACUCCCUGGGCUCAGCCUCCUAGUGGUUGGGGGGGAGGGGCAGUGUUCCCCAUCACAGAGUGUCUGGCCCCUUACCCCCAGGCUCCCUUCCCAUGGGCCAAGGGGGAGAAAGGGUAACCGGCUCUUGAUUUCUCCUCUUCUGCUAUUACACAGGCCUUGGCCUUGGGGUAGUCGGAGUGGAGUAAAAACACCAAAGAAUCGCUCUCUCUUCUCCUUCCCCUUCCCCUUCCAAGAAGCCCAGCUGAGCUAAAGUUGGAGCUGGUGGUUCCAGCUGGAGAUGGAGGAACCACAGACCCCUGGAGGCUGGGAACCAAGGGCAGAAGGCAGGGCCUCUGCUUUGUGCAGACUGAGCUCAAAUCUACAAGAGAGAAGAGGGAAGGGUGAGCUGGCAUGGAGGAGCCUGGCAUUGCAGCUGAGAAUCCCACAUGGGGUAGAAACAAGAACACAAGGUCGUCUCUUCCUUCCUCCUUCCUCUUCCUUUCCCUGUCUCUCUCCCCCGACUCUCCAUUCCCUUUUCCUUCUUCUCCCCCUCCCUUCCUUGACUACUCUAUCCAUUUUCCACUGUGACCCAUAACUAACUGUAGCUCCAUCCUUCUCCCCCAAUCCUUUCUACUCACCCCUUGGGGCUGUGGAAGGAGAGGAAAGAUCCUCUCUGGGAUCUCCAAAAGCACAGGGGCAUUGAAAAGCCCAAAUCUGUUUCCCUCCUCACAUGCCUCAGACCUGUUCUGCCUCAGUUUCUCCUCCUGUGAAGGAUAGGAGAUACUAAUUACUUAACUCUCAGGGCUGUGAUGAGGACUCAUGUCCUUUCUGUGUGCAGAAUGGGGCAGUGGGGUAAUAGUUGGGAUGACCAAACUAGGGAGGACUGAAAAUCUCCAGGCUUCAUUCAUCUGAGAGGGGCAUGGGGAGGUACGAUGUUCCGAUGUCCAAUAUCUACGUUCUCCACUGUAUCUCAUAUCGCCAGCUGGGAGUGUGAAAGACAGUGGGUGUUCUGGGCAUUGAGCAAUACAUAGGCCAGGACCUUGCAUUCCAGGGAGCCUUUCCCAGCAGCCCACAGCUCAGUCUUCCUCUCCCAUGUUGGCUUGGCUUGAAGGUCAGGGGACAGGCCUUCCUGCUCCAGACAGUGCAGAACUCCCUAGGUCUCAGCCCCAAAUCAGAGUGGAAAUGCCCAAGCCUGGCAGCAUCUCCAAGGGCAGGGGGCAGGAGGUGGGGAGGGGUAUAUGGAAGCUGGACCUGUACAUAGGCUGCCCUGAAUCUUUCCUUCUCAAGCAAUUAAAAAGACUCCUGAGCAGGGAGGGAGGGGUUUAGGGAUUUCGGUUGCUGGGAGGGACCACACAUCUCAGGUCACUCUUUGCAGCCACAAUACGGGGGUGGGGAGGUCACACACACAUACACACACAUACACACACACACAAGUGUAAAUAGCAAUCCGACUGUGGCUGAUUUUCUUAGAGCUGGAGGAACCUCUCCAGAAAAUGCUGCUGUGCCUUUAAGGACUGAACAAAUGUUGGUCAGUCAGUGACCUCCUUUGGGGUAAGUGACUGCUUCCUGCUUCCCUUCGGCCCAGAGUGAGGGGAAAGAUACGGCUUUAAGCAAUUGUUUAAAAUUUGUAAUACUGUCUAUUUUUCCACACACAUUUAUAGCAUCAAAACAGUCACGUGGCAAUACUUGGAGGCUAAUGCGGUUGGAGCACAAAAUCCCAACUCUUUGAACCCAGUUUUUACAUGAUUUUAGAAAAAAACAAAUCUCAUCCAAUGAGAAUUUAUUUAUUAAGCUCCUGCUAUGAGCUGGGUACUGUGUUGGGCCCCUGGGGAUACAAAGGCAGGAAAAGAAACCUUCCCUCCCUUCCAGGAUCUUAGACAUUCAACCGGAGCCGUUUACAUCUUAUUGAAAUCAGACAUUAAAACUCCAGCAGAAAUACCCAUUCCCGGGGGGGAGAGGCCAGGGCCCUGGCCAGCUAGGGGCUUCUGCUGCAUUUGGGGCUCCAGGUUCGGGACCCCCCUCCUUUGCACAAUGACCAUGAUGUUCACACUAGUGUUUAUGGGGCUCAUACCACUCCUUCAAAGUAUGCUGUGUGUAUGUAUUUUGCAGUUGUAAAGAGUCUGUUGCAUCCACGUUGUCUGAUGCACUCCAAAUGUCUUUAUACUGGUUUGUCUAUCCAAAGUGAUUUAUUUGUCUUUGCUCACCCUAAAGUGGGGAGCACUGGGGACCUGUUUAUAAUUUUCUUUCCUCUCUUUUUGGGGACAACUUGCCAAUUCUCUUCUGUACAGGACUGAAUAAAAUU